GCCCCAUCUCUCUCUCUCCUUAACCCCUGGAACUCCAUGUAAUUUUCUCCUUUCCACAGUACUACACCUUUGAAUUUUCUGAUCAUCUUGUUGUGUUUUUAAUGAUGUUUCUUGUUUGGAUUUUGAAAGAACAUGUCUCAGAAAACUAAGGUCCAUUUCUUCUUCUUCUUCUUCUUCUGCUGCUGCUGCUUCUCAACAACCAUCUAUAGUUCUUUUUUAUUCUUUAUCAUCAUCAAACACAAGUUGGUACAAGCACUUGAGUGACUAAAAAUCCAAUCUUUUUGGUCAAAAAAGAUGCAGAUCUUGUGACAAAGCAGAAAGCUGUAACAAGUAACAAGAUUUGUAUAUGUUUAUGUAUUAUGGCUGGUCAAGAAAGUGAAGAGAUUAAACCAAGGUCAAUGGUUACAAGUACUGGUUAUUGGUAUUCAGAUCAUACUUCAACACCAAGUAAUAUUCCAAAUCUAGUGAAUCAUCAGUUGCAAAGCUUUGAAACUAAUCCAGAGAUUUACAACUUGACUUCUGGCAUGGAAAUGAUAGGGUUUCCAACAAACAAUCCUCAAGUUAUGUGGAAAGGUAAUUUCUUUAACAAAACUGGUGGUAACAGCACUGGUCCUUCCUCUUCCAAAUCAACAAAUGAACAGUUUUACCAACAUGGUAAUUUUACUACAAGUGAAAAUAUGUUACUAGUUUCACCAACAGAAGAUCAAGCUUGGCAUGAGAAUAACAGAUUACUCGUUGAAGAUCCAUCUUUAAGAUGUGUAUUCCCUUGUGAGGGAAAUGAAAGGCCAAGUCAAGGACUUUCACUUUCUCUUUGUUCAUCAAAUCCAUCUAGUAUUGGUUUGCAAUCUUUUGAACUGAGACAUCAGCAACAAAUAAUUCAAGAUGGUUUUUUGGGAAAAGCAGCUGCAAAUAUUCAACAACAAAAUCAAGGGUAUUAUCAUCAGAUUAAGGACUCAAGAUAUUUAGGUCCUGCUCAGGAGCUCCUGGUUGAAUUCUGUAGUCUUGGAACAAAGCAAAAUGAUCAUUCUUCAGCAAAAGUAUUAAAGCAACAAAAGUCCAACCAAUGGGAAGAUGAGAAUGCUAGUACUUCAAAAAAGCAAACUUUACAGUCCCUUGACCUUUUAGAACUUCAGAAAAGAAAAACAAAGCUGCUUCAAAUGCUUGAAGAGGUGGAUAGAAGAUACAAGCACUAUUGUGAUCAAAUGAAAGCAGUUGUAUCAACAUUUGAAGCAGUGGCUGGAAAUGGAGCAGCAAGAGUUUACUCAACCUUAGCUUCAAAGGCAAUGUCAAGGCAUUUUAGAUGUUUAAGAGAUGGAAUUGUAGGACAAAUUAAGGCCACAAAAAAAGCAAUGGGAGAAAAAGACACAGUUGUUGUUCCUGGUACAACAAGAGGAGAAACACCAAGACUUAGACUUCUUGAUCAAACACUAAGGCAACAAAAGGCUUUUCAACAAAUGAAUAUGAUGGAAACUCAUCCUUGGCGACCUCAACGUGGUUUGCCUGAAAGAUCAGUUUCUGUUCUACGUGCUUGGCUUUUUGAACACUUUCUUCACCCGUACCCAAGUGAUGUUGAUAAACACAUUUUAGCCCGCCAAACUGGUCUUUCAAGAAGCCAGGUGUCUAAUUGGUUCAUUAAUGCAAGGGUAAGGCUAUGGAAGCCAAUGGUAGAAGAAAUGUACUUAGAAGAAACCAAAGAUCAACAAGAGAAUCUUGAAUCUCCAGAUGGAUCUAAAGGGCUUGAUCAUGACAUGAAUGGUAUAAGUGUAGGCAGGCAGAUUAAUCAAAAUCCUCAGUUACACAUUGAAGAUCAAAAGCCAAAUCUUGUAAGAAUAGACUCUGAAUGCAUUUCUUCUAUCAUAAAUCACCCUGAGAAAAAUGACACCACCAACAACAACAACAAGAAUUGUCUUCAAAAUCAUCAUCAAGUUCAUAACUUGCAUAGUUUUGGAAGAGGUGGGGAUCAUUCUUUCGGCGCGAUAGAGCUGGAUUUUUCAUCAUACAAUCAUAACUCAACUGGAGCUAUUGCAUAUGGAAAUGAAAGUGUGCAACAUAAUAUUGGACGGGGUGUGUCUUUGACAUUGGGUUUAAACCAAAAUGGUGGAAGUGGAAUGGGGUUAAGUACAUUUUCACAGGCAUCUCAAAGUUCACUGUUUUAUCCUAGAGAUGAUCAUAUUGAUCAAGAUUGUCAACAAGUUCAAUAUUCACUUUUGGACAGUGAAAAUCAGAAUUUGCCUUAUAGAAAUUUGAUGGGUGCACAGCUGCUUCAUGAUUUGGCUGGUUGAAAAGGAAGAAGAAAUGGUUCUUGAAUUAUACACUUCUUGGGACCUUAUUGGUAAUAGGUAGAUAUUAGUAGUUUAGUACUAGCUAGUAGUUAUAUGGGGUAUACAUUAAAGAAGUGAUUUGCAAUCAUACAAUUAAAAUGGCUACAUUUUGGUUUUAGGUAUUUUGAGACAUGGUUUGUUUCUGUAGCUGGUAAUUGUUGGGAUGCUUGCUUUUUGUGACAUUGGAAGAUAUCUUGGUAAGUGUUACUAUGCAUCCAAAAUUGCCAGUAAUUGAAGCAAAUAUCAGUAUAUAUA